UGCUCUGCACCCGUGCGGCCGUGCACCCGAGCCAUUGUCGCCUAGUCCGUGUCAUUAAGGCCAUUAACACUUAACAGCAGGCCAUAAGCCCAUAAGUCCAUAACUGAAAGAAGGAUAUUUGGACCCGUCGUAAUCCAAUCCGCAUUUUUUCUCUUCAAUUUUGUUUUCAGCUUUAUCGCCAAUUCGCCAUUGUUGGACCUCCGAAUCAUCCAUGAAAAUCGAGCUGAAGCUUAUUCGAGUUUAAUCAUUCUAUACAGCUGCGAACUGAAGCUCCUUCGAUUCAAUAAUAUUUCGAACUGAAGCUCCUUCGAUUCAACAAUAUUUCGAAUUGAAGCUUAUUCGAGUUAGGUUUGAGCAGAUUCGUAUGACAAGCUGAUGAAUAGAUGAUAAACAAGAUUAACAAUAGUCCAAAUGUCACUAAAGUUCUUGUCUUGUAAUCAAUGGGUUCACCAGCUUCACCUUCAAAGCCCGGUGUCUUCAACUACCACCAAAAGAAGUUGGAUAGAAGCUGGACCUAGAUACUUUAAACUACCACAAAGCACUCUACGUAAGAGCCUGUCUCCAAGUUUGUGCUUUGCUAUGGAUCAGAAAAGCCUGCAUGAGGAUGCCUUUGGUGUUGGUCAGAAAGACGGUGUGAUUAUCGUGGAUCAUGGAUCUCGUCGGAAAGAGUCCAAUCUCUUACUGAAUGAAUUUGUGCUGAUGUUCAAAAGCAAAACUGGAUACCCCAUUGUCGAGCCUGCUCAUAUGGAAUUGGCAGAUCCAUCCAUAAAAGAUGCUUUCAAUUCAUGUGUCCAGCAAGGGGCAAACCGUGUUAUCAUAAGCCCAUUCUUUCUAUUUCCUGGAAGGCAUUGGCAUCAGGAUAUCCCUUCCCUUGCUGAUGCUGCUGCUCUGGAGCAUCCUGGUAUCAACUAUCUUGUCACUGCACCGUUGGGUCUGCAUGAGUUUCUUGUGGAUGUUGUGAAGGACAGAAUUGGGUAUUGCUUAAGCCAUGUAGCCGGUGAAGUGGAGGAAUGUGCCGUCUGUGUUGGAACAGGCAGGUGUAAACUUAAAGUGCAAGAUUCUGAAAAUUAAGCACGCCAGUACGCCACACCAGGGUCGGAUCCAGACAUUUUAAAAUGGGGUCAAAAAAUAAAACUACUCUAUUGUACAAAAAAAAAAAAAUUAAGUCACACACAUUUCAAAAACCAAAGUUACUAUUUAUUCAUAAGGUAAAAUACAACUCACUAAUGUGCAAAAAAAAAUAAAAAUUGUCUGCAAUGAUUUUGCAUUCUUUACGGGUAUUAUAUAACUCGUAUUCUCGUUAUGGAGAUAUUACUCGUAUAUUAUCUCAUAAGCACCGUUAUGUUUUUGA